CCUCGGGUCUUCCCCGGGGUGACAGCCUUGGCCCCGGGGGCACCGCAGCUCCUCCGCAGCCCCAGGAGCCCAGAGGGAGCGCCAGCAGCACCCCGGGGGUGUCGGACCCCUCCCCAAGGAGGGGGGCUUAGAGGGAGAGCCUGGGGGUGGUCGGUGCCCCGGGUCCCAGCCCCGGCUGCCGUGGAGGGGAAGGGAAAUCGCUCACGCAGGAGCCGAAACAGGGCGGAGAGAUGCUCGGGGAGGGCAGUGGGAGGGAAGGGGGGGGGCAGGUCUGCCUGCGGCCCCCCAGCUCCCCACCGGCCCUGGGGUCGGUGUCUCCUGACCCCUCAGUGAGCGAGGGAUUGAGAGCCAGGGAGGGAUGGGAUCUGCGGGAGCCUCUGCCAAGAGCUGGCUCCAGAUCCGCAGGCAGCUCUGGGCUGCAUUUCCCCUCCGGCGCGAAGCGGAGCUGGGGUGUCCGAGGUUCACUCCUCGCUGACACCGACCCCCCGAGACCCUCGGCGGCACGUCGGGCCCCGCGGGGAGCCCCAUCCGUGCCCCCUUCUCCCGCCUGCGCCGACCCCCAGCUCCUGGCCCGGAGGAAGGGUGCGCGUUCCGUGCAUCUCCCAUCCACCCAAAUCUAUGAUCAGCUCGGUGUGUGUCUCCUCCUACCGUGGACGCAAGUCUGGGAACAAACCACCCUCCAAAACAUGCCUGAAGGAAGAGAUGGGCAAAGGGGAAGAGUCGGACAAGAUCACCAUCAACGUGGGGGGCACCCGGCAUGAGACCUACAAGAGCACCCUGCGGACUCUGCCGGGCACCCGCCUGGCCUGGCUGGCCGACCCCGACGCCCAGAGCAACUUCGACUUCGACGGCAAGAGCAACGAGUUCUUCUUCGACCGGCACCCCGGCAUCUUCUCCUACGUGCUCAACUACUACCGCACGGGCAAGCUGCACUGCCCCGCGGACAUCUGCGGGCCCCUCUUCGAGGAGGAGCUCACCUACUGGGGCAUCGACGAGACCGACGUGGAGCCCUGCUGCUGGAUGACCUACCGGCAGCACCGCGACGCCGAGGAGGCCCUGGACAUCUUCGAGAGCCCCGAGCCCGGCGGAGGGGCCGGGGGAGAGGAGCCCGAAGAGGAAGGGGGUAGGGAGAUGGCCCUGCAGCGCCUGGGCAUGGAUGACAGGCCCCCCGGGGCGGCAGGGGCCGCAGGAGGGGGUGGCUGCUGUCGGAACUGGCAGCCCAAGAUGUGGGCGCUCUUUGAGGAUCCCUACUCGUCCAAGGCCGCCAGGGUGGUGGCCUUCGCCUCGCUCUUCUUCAUCCUGGUCUCCAUCACCACCUUCUGCCUGGAGACCCACGAGGCCUUCAACAUCGACGUCAACGUGACGGAGACCCUGGUGGUCGGCAACACCACGACGGUGCUGCUGACGCGCAAGGUGGAGACGGAGCCCGUCCUCACCUACAUCGAGGGCGUCUGCGUCCUGUGGUUCACCCUCGAGUUCCUGGUGCGCGUCGUCUGCUGCCCGGACAAGCUGCUCUUCGUCAAAAACCUGCUCAACAUCAUUGACUUCGUGGCCAUCCUGCCCUUCUACCUGGAGGUGGGGCUCAGCGGCCUGUCCUCCAAAGCGGCCCGGGACGUGCUGGGCUUCCUGCGGGUGGUCCGCUUCGUGCGCAUCCUGCGCAUCUUCAAGCUGACGCGGCACUUUGUGGGGCUGCGGGUGCUGGGCCACACCCUGCGCGCCAGCACCAACGAGUUCCUGCUGCUCAUCAUCUUCCUGGCCCUGGGGGUGCUGAUCUUCGCCACCAUGAUCUACUACGCCGAGCGCAUCGGCGCCAAGACCUCCGACCCCACCGGCAGCGACCACACCCACUUCAAGAACAUCCCCAUCGGGUUCUGGUGGGCCGUGGUCACCAUGACCACGCUGGGCUACGGCGACAUGUACCCCAAGACCUGGUCGGGGAUGGUGGUGGGGGCUCUGUGCGCCCUGGCCGGGGUGCUCACCAUCGCCAUGCCCGUGCCCGUCAUCGUCAAUAACUUUGGGAUGUACUAUUCCCUGGCCAUGGCCAAGCAGAAGCUGCCAAAGAAGAAGAAGAAGCAUAUACCCCGCCCAGCCCCCCUGGACUCCCCCACCUACGGCAAAUCCGAGGAAAACUCGCCCCGGAACAGCACCCAGAGCGACACCUGCCCCUUGGCAGUAGAGGAGGGGGUGGCUGAGCGGAAACGGUCAGACUCCAAGCAGAACGGGGAGGCCAACGUGGUGCUGUCGGACGAGGAGCAGCCGCUGUCGCCGCCGGACGAGGAGAAACGGCCCGUGCGCCGCUCCAGCACCCGGGACAGGGGCAAGAAAUCCUCCACCUGCUUCCUGCUGGCCACGGGGGACUUCUCCUGCACGGCUGAUGGAGGCAUCCAGAAAGGCUAUGGAAAAUCCCGGAGCCUGAGCAGCAUAGCUGGUGUGGCAGGAUCCACGGGGGGCCUGGCCCCGCUCCCGUCCCGCUGCAGCUCUCCCUGCGCUCUGCAGAGCCCCUGCUCUCCCGUCCCUUCCAUCCUCUAAAAAACAAAACAAAACAACACCUCCCGGACCCCGCUCUGUGUCGUGUCGCUCCGCCCUCUCCCCUUCCCAACGACUCCGUGUCUCCAAAGUUUCCGGGC